AUGCCAAAGCAACCUUCCUCAUCGUCGCAUCACGGCAACAACCAAAACAACAGCAACAACAACAAUCCCAACCAACAAUUACGCUUCAAUGACUUGUUUCCCACUUCGGCUUUCCAACGAAGUCAGCAACACUUUCUCCAAAACCACUCUUUCCGACGCAACAAUUCUGGACAACAACAAGAUAUGAAUCAUCAUCAAACGUUUUCUAACCACCACAUGGAACAAACACAUACCCGGCCUGAAUCAGCCUCCAUCAGCACCUCCGACAAACAACUUCAUCAACAAGCAAUACUUCUCGAGCAAUACUUUACGCAGCUUCUCAAUCAGGAGCCUUCCUUUCAGUCUCUAUUGAAUCAUGAAGGUUCGAGUGGUGGUGUAACUUUGGUAGAUCAUUUGAGUCAAACAGCAACAAGCACCAGCAGCACUGAAUCCAUCUAUUCAAACCACAAUUUUAAUAGUUUUACUUCCAAUAAUAAUAAUACCAAUCCUCAUCAUUCCUACAAUUACAUGAUGAUGAAUAACAAUUUCCACAUAUCAAUGAAUGAGAGUAAUGGAAGAACAUCCAACAAUUCCAAUGCAAACAAUGCCAACAACAAUACUGCUGCGACGAGCACAACUACACCACUUUCUUCCAAUUCAUAUCUUGCUUCAUCUCCCCAAAGGAAUUUUCUCUCCUCGUUUCCCACUACUUCAACACCCAUUGCCGAUACCUUGUCUAAAUAUUUGGAACAAUUUGACCAACAAUUUGGUUUUGCUCCGAGCAGUAAUAGUGGUAGUAUGGAUAUUGGUGUGAUAGAGCCUCAGACAUCCUCCACAUCAUCAAGCUUUUCAGGACGUAAUACGACGCAACAAGCCAGUCUUGCAUCUCCAACAAGUAGUAGUCACACCUCUGUUACAGUCUCUACCCCAUCAUCUUCAUCAUCUUCUGCAAAAAGAAGAAGAAAAAGAAAUCAUCUUCGUCAUCUACUUCCAAAAAGAAAAAAGCAACAACAAGAUCACCACUCAUCAGAAGAAGAAGAUGGUGAUGUUCAUCAUUCUGAAAAUGUCAAUAUUGAUGAAGAAAAUAAUGCCACUCCUGGCUUUCAUCCUAUUGCCUGUGUGCCGUGCCGACGUUUGCACAAACGCUGCGACAAGAAGUACCCAUCUUGCUCGAAAUGUCUUUCACGAGGAGUAACCUGUGAAUAUAAAAUUCCAAGAAAGAAAGGAAGAAUUGCAAAACCAAAAGGGCAACAACAGUCAAAUAGUGUCACGAAUUUAGAAAAACAAGACAAAAACGACAAUAGCAACAACACCAAUAGCAACAAACAAGAACAAAAUUCAACAUCAUCCUUGUCCUAUCAAGUCGGACUUUUCAACAGUAGUGAACAAAUGCACUCAAGCACCAACAAGCUUUUGACAAAUAUUGUACAAACAGAAUCAACUCCGUAUGCUCAAGGCACUACGAGAAAUCAACCUGAAAAACAUUUAGAUAAGAGAAAAGUAUUGGACCUUUAUUAUAACGUAUUUACUGAAAAUAUGAUUGUUAUUGAAAGGAAAGAAUUUGAAAAUUACUUAUCAAUGAGGACAAGCACCAAUUCUGCUCGUGACGAAGAGGAAGAGAUUAUUAACAGCUUGAAUGAAACUGAAAUCAUGCCAAACAAGAAGGAAGUCUACGUCCUUUUUCUAUGCAUAAAGGCAGUUUGUGAACAGAGAGUAGGGCUUGUAGACUUGGCUGAAGAAACUGGAAAGAAGGCACGCGACGCUCUUUCCAAAAUCUUUGAUGAACAUUCCAAUUUUUAUGUGGCCUGUGCAUUUGCUUAUUUGAGUAUUUAUGAGGCAGGCUGUGGUCGUCUGAAAACAGCCAAAUACUAUCUCAAUUCACUCAAUUUUUACUUUGAUGAGCUUACCGAAGAGGAAGAACAAAACAUGACGCCCUAUCAGAGAAAUUUAAAAAAAAUUAGAAGUUUUGUUAACAUAUGUGCUAAAAACGAUCAGGGCGUUUUGCAUCUCUUAAAAGACUGGCCAGGUGUCUAUGAAAAGAUUCUAGGAAUUACAUUACCUACUGAAUGGAAGACAAUAUUAUCACAAGAUUUGACUGUAAAUAAUUACAUGGCUGUAAUUAAUGUUGUAGAAGCAUUGUUAAAAGUCGUUCGAUUGCACAUUACAAAAUCUGGAACGGUCAAAAACUUGAAGGUUUACGACAUGGGCCAGACAUUUGUCUCUAAUGGCGUGAAGAUUGGUAUUCUCAGUGCUGUCAACCGUGGAAAGGAAUUAAUUGAGGAAUGUGCACUCAAAAUUACGCUAGCCACCGAAUUAGAACUUUUCGUGUUCGUUCCUCCUCCAAUUGUUGCUCACUGUGUAGCCGCUGCAAAAGUACAUUUACAUAUUGUCAAGGCCAUUGAGAAUGGAGAGCGUCAAAAUCCUGAAAUUGGCAUGAUACCAUCCAUUACCGGAGGAGAACCAACACUUGGAACCAUUGAUUACUACGAAAUACUGAGUAAGGAUUUGAGAGCUCUCAAUAUUUUGGCUAAACGCUAUAAGAAAGUGUCCCUUUUCCAUAAAUCGUUAAUGAACGAGAUGGAAGACAUUAUUCAAAGAAAACACAUUAUGAGUGCCAUGAAAAGGGUGUGUAGUAGUUUUUCUGAUGAUGGACUCUAUCCUCCCAACAAUUUUGUGAGUGGUUUGUUGAACGACCUUGAGAAGAUGCGUACAAACUCUACUACUUCCACCACCAUGAACCAUCUCUGCCCUCUGCCCUCUACACAACAACAAAAGCCAUCCAUUACAGAUCUAGGUCACAAUAUCACAACUAUCAGUUGUACAAGUGGAGAUUUUGGAGGUAGUAACAACUUGUUAUCUGAUUCAGAAAUGGAUUUCUCUGAAUUUGAAGGUGUACGAAAUACCAAAGAUUUCUUGGCCACUGUGACGUCAAGUUCCACCGGUAAUGAACCACUUCAGGAAUUGAUUAAUGAAAGCUUUUUGGAAUCACUCAAUUCUGGAAAUAUGAACAUGGAAGAUACUCUGAAAGAUGAAUCAUUCUUUGAGCCAUUCUUGAAUAGUGAAGAUGUUCAAGAGUUAUUUGCCUCAGAUUUUUCUCCACAUGACUCUCCUCCACAACAAUAA